AGACCAAGGGCAAUGGCUGCUGCAGCUCUGUGCUGUGCUUCAAGGAAAUCCAACAAAUACAACAAUGAAGCUGGCUACGAGGUGUACACAAUUAGCGAGGACCAACUUCGUCUUAAACAAAAAAUGAAGGAUCGAAAAGAAGGUGUACAGGUGGAAUAUAUAACUUCUCGGCUUAUUGUUUUAUCAUGUACAUCAGAGACCAGCGAACGGAAAUUUGUGGAAUCAUUGCUCAAGGCGUCACAACAAAUUCAAAAUGCUCAUAAUAAACAUAUCAGAGUAUGGAAUGUAUCUCAACGUCGCCAUGACAUCAGUUCUUCUCUCGAUGCAAUUCCAUUUGGUUGGCCAUCAGAAACUGCUCCAUCACUUGAAAAAUUAUGCACAAUUUGUAAAAAUUUGGAUCAAUGGAUGCUUGAACAUCCUCUUAAUAUUGCUGUUAUCUUUUGUAAAGGAGGUCUUGAAAGAUGUGCAAUUGUUGUUAAUGCUUUUAUGAGAUUCAAUGCUAUUUCUGCAACAGACGAUUCAGUUGAUGAUCGAUUCAGUAUGCAGAGGUUUUCUGAAAGAUUCCUAGGACCCGAUGGACCACCCAGUUACAAAAGAUACCUCGGUUAUUUCUCAUCACUGUUAUCUGGUCGAAUAUCUGUCAACUCAGAUCCUUUAUACCUUCACAAUAUAAUUUUGACAUUUUUCGAGCCAAUCAACGUCUUUCUCAAGAUAUACGAGCGACUUGUGCCAGUUUAUCAGUCAAAAACUGUAGCUCUAAACAAAUCUUCAAAAUUCGAAAUGGAUGGAAGUCUGAAACUUCGUGGCGAUAUUUUCUUCAAGUGUAUUGUAGCAGCUUCAUCACCUGGAUCAUCUACAAGAUGUCUAUUCACUUGUCAACUCAAUACAUGUGCACUUGAAUUACAUCCUAUCAAUUCAGAAGGAUACAGUGUUGUUCGAUUACAUAAAGAAGAAUUGGAUCUUAUAUUUAAUGAUAAAAAGAUUGACAAUCGAGUAACAGUUGAACUUGUAGUCAGUCAUACAAGUGGUCCUACAACUAUUGCAACAGCUGCUGUUCAAUCGGUUCAUUCGUUGUUACCAAGGAACAAUAGUUAUGAAACGUUUGAGCUUGCUCAAGACGACGAAACGAAUCGAUCGAGGCUAGAAGUGGAGUAUAGUGAAAUUCGUAAAAAGAGCACAAAAUCAUCAAAAAGUGCAAAUCCUAUAAAUAAUAAUCAAGAAGAGGAGAUGCCGGUUGGACCGCCCGUUCCGCCAAAACCAUCGACUCCAAUUAUGAAUGGAGAACGAUUGGGAGAAUAUGGAGUUGGUGGACACAUUGGAAAUGGUGAUGUUGUUCCAGAAAGACGUGGAAUUCUUCCCGCCUCACUACGAGAAAAAAUCAAUCAGAAGAAAGAGCUCGAAGGACGUGCAACUCCAAGCAUUGAACCAGAUCUAGUUGGACGUGAUAGAUAUGAUAAAGCAUCGAGAUGCUUCUCAUAUGUCCCUGCAAAAUCCAUGCAAGAAGCGUUUGAACGUCCUCGACGUACAUCAUUCUCCCGUGCAAUUGAAAAACGAGAGAAUAGCGUUGAAAAUGUGAGUCAAGAGGAAGUGGCACGGACUGAAAUUCCACAAAGUUAUCAACAAAAUGAUAUAAGUACACCUGCAAAAUGGGAUGAACAAGUUGAAGAUGCAAAACAAUCGGCUCUUUUGGAAGAACUUGCAAGAGCUCCAUCGGCUAUGCAACAUAACUAUUGGGGUAAUGGUGAAGUUGAUAAUGUUCAAGUUGUUGAUCAAGCACAAAGAGCAGUUAUUACACCUACUUCAACACUUCAAAGACGCCCAAAACCACCCGCAAGAUCAGGAAGCUAUCGAACUUUAAAUGAUGAUGCUUAUUGCAGCGACAUGGACGAGCUUUGUGAUCCAGAAUAUUACCUGAACUACAACAGUAACACAGCUCCUUUACCACCACCACGCCGACAAGAACAACACGCUGGAACAAGAAGUGUUCAGUUGCCUAGAAAGAAAAUGAAUUUUGAUGCAGUGACUGACCCUCUCGAUGACGUGCUAGAAUCCACGAAACGUCUUGGAUCCGCCUAUUCCGUUGGAGAUGUUCGUGGUGGACAACAACAGCAGCAAGAACAACAUAAUGCUUCGAAUGAUUUCAAUUUCUCGAAUACAUUGAAUAACACUCCAACAGAUUAUAGACAGCAUUACCGUAAUCGUAAUUGUCAAUCUGUUACCACACCACGAAAUCAUCAUUUCUCAACACCAUCAAGAGAACAAGAAGCUGAUGCAGCUGACACGUGGCUCAGUGGAAAAUUGAAGAAAGUUAGAAGUAAACGAGAUAUUGAUCCAGAUAUUGUCCGGCGAAGAACACAAGAAAAAAUGUUGCUGGAAGAGCUGAAAGACUCGGCAGCAAACAAUGACGAGAAUCAGCAUAAUCUUCCAAAUGGACAUGCUCGUGGAGCUGGUCUUCAGAAUAUUGAUCCAUUGGCUGAAUUCCGAAGAGAAGAGGAGAGACUAAGGAAUACACGAAGUCCAUAUGGAGAGGAGAGAUGGCGAGGAAGAAUGCGUGGAAAGCCACCAACUCCCCCACCACGUGAAUCAAGUGCUUCUCCAGUUAACUCAUUGCCACGUGGCACUCCAGCUCAUCAUAUGGAUAGACAACGUCACAAUCAAUCAGUUCCACUUCCAAUGCAUCAUAGACAAUUUGAUGAGGACUUUGAUGUCAAUUCCUUAUUUAAUUUUUCGCAUGACCCACGACAACAAUCAACAACACUUGAACGUGGAGGAAGAAGUCUUUCAAGAGGAGCACGUAUUCAGGAUGCAUACUAUGCAUCACAACAAGAUCUAUCAGCAAAUAAUCGAUUCAAUUCUGGACAGGAACGAGUUGCAGCUGCAAUUUAUAGAGCAGAGACUGCACAUCGAGAUAUGUAUGCAAGUGGAACAAUUAACAGGGCAGAGACACCAGGAAGAUAUUUCCCAGAAAAUAGUGCUGUUCUCGAACGUUCAUCAACCCCAUCAUUCCCAGUAUCUCGUGCCACACCUCUUCCGUUCCAUCCAUUGUUGUAUAAUAACGGGGAACGAGGAGGAAGUGGACACGCUGCAGGUGGUGGAGGAGGAGGACAUAACGGUUAUAGUACUAUGAAUAAUAGAUCAGCUUCACCUCGGCUCUUUGGUGGAUCAUCGACGUUGAGCAGAAGAUCUUCCGUUAAUUCUGUUGACACUUCGGAAAUCAUUCAUCAUCAUCCAUUAUUCGUGAAGGAUACCUCCAAGUAUUGGUACAAGCCUACGAUUUCUAGAGAACAAGCCAUCAACAUGUUACGUGACAAACCACCUGGCACAUUUGUCGUCCGUGAUUCGAACUCUUUUCCUGGAGCAUUUGGAUUAGCUCUAAAAGUUUCCACUCCACCGCCCGGUGUUAAUCCAGGAGAUGGAAGUGAACUCGUCCGUCACUUUUUGAUUGAACCAUCACCAAAGGGUGUCAAACUGAAGGGAUGCAAUAAUGAGCCCGUCUUCGGUUCCCUAUCUGCAUUGGUAUAUCAACAUUCCAUCACAGCCUUGGCUCUUCCAACGAAGCUUGUUCUUCCGGACUUUGAUCCAGCAGCUACACCGGAACAUUUAUCAGCCACUCAAGCACUUUUGGAACAGGGAGCAGCUUGUAAUGUGGUGUACGUGGGCAGUGUCGACGUGGAAUCGUUGACCGGCAACGAGUGCGUCAAGCGGAGCAUUGCCACGUGUUCGCAGAGAGCUAUUAACGGAGAUAGUCGAGCUGUUUCAGUGCAUUUUAAGGUUUCAUCACAAGGAGUUACAUUAACUGAUAACACGCGGAAGGUGUUCUUCAGGAGGCAUUUUAAUGUUCAAAGUGUGAUUUUUGCUGGAAUGGAUCCAAUUGAAAGGAGGUUCGAAAACACUCGUGCUCUGGGAUUCCAUGAUGGAUGCAUAGCACAAGCUCGAUUAUUCGCUUUCGUCGCCAGAAUUCCUUCUUCAUCUGAAAACGCGUGCCACGUAUUCGCUGAGCUUGAACCUGAGCAACCUGGAAGUGCUGUUGUUAAUUUUAUCAAUAAGGUCAUGUUGGCACAGAAGAAUCGGUCAUAAGAAGAAAAAAUAUUUGAAUUUUUUACAAAGAAAUUAUUAGUGUUAUUUGCAAAUUUAGUACGUACCCAAGUGAUAUUCUAAGUCAAUCUGAAAGUACUUUUUAUCAUCGCAAAACUUUGAUUUUACGGUUUUCUCUUUAUUUUUCAUUUUCUUGUUCGCCUUUUUUCCCAUUUCCAUCAUUUCAGUUUCAAAAUUUUCUAUAAGUUCUUUCCAUUUUGUUUAAUUGUUUGCUUCUAAAUAUUUUCCCAACUUCCUGUAUAUAAUGAAUUUUUCAUUUUAUGCAAAUAUUGAAUACAGGCAAUAAAAUUUUUAUGAACAAUUUAG